AUGUUGUGGCUCGUGUUCUUGUCCUUGCUUCCAGCGAUUACAGCACGCGAUGAAGAUGCCACAGUGCCUUUCAACUCAUGGAACAACACAGUCGACACGCUACAGUAUGGCUUAGCUUUCAUUGUGGUGUUAGUAGCCGCCCACCCAUUGGGUCUCUUCUUUCCCAAAUACUUCAAGUUGCCAUUGAUCACCGGCUACCUUGUGAUCGGGAUCAUCGCCGGACCGUUCGUCACCAAUUUACUGUCCGAAGCACUUGUUGAAAUGUUGUCGACAUAUGUGAGUGCUCUGGCAUUGUCGUUUAUCUCGUUUCAAGCAGGUCAAGAAAUUUACUUACCGGAGUUGAGACCGCAACUCAAACAAAUCUUUAUCUUACUCAGUGUACUCUACGUGACAGCCAUGGUGAUUCUCACGAGCGUGCACUUGCUCGCCAAUGACGCUUUCUUUUACGCUGACUUUGUCACCAGUUGUCAAUUGGGUAUCGCACUCAUGUUCGGGUCCAUUUCGGUGCUCGGCUCACCUGCGACUGUAAUGGCUAUCAAGAUUGAACUCAAUAGUGUCGGACCUUUCACGAAUCUGAUGUUAGGGGUGACUAUGUUGGCAGAGUUCAUCGUGCUCGUGUCCUUCUCGAUUUCACGGAUUAUCUGCUUGAUCUACUGUGCAGAUCUGCAAGUCUCAGCUGGGAAUGUUGUCUUCACGCUGGCGAUUGUGGUGUCAAACCUUUUGCUCGGUGGUUUGAUUGGACUCGUUGUCAUCUUGAUUUUCGAGAUUCCAGGCAGUACAGCUAGCGAACAUUUAGAUCUUCAUGCCUCAGAGGCGACUACAUCGUCUCAUUACAGCCAGGAAUCUUCACAAGAUCCAGACACGAUGCCACAUCCGCACAAUGCCUACGUGGAAGAAACGGACAGAGAGCGAAAGCCUCCAAAGGAUGCAAAGUUUUGGACGACCCAUAUGUCUCUAUACGUAAAAGGAUUUCUGUGGUUAACGCUAGGAUACAUGUUCUACAUUGCCACUACGACAAUCGGUGAGGCUACUGUUGCUUCGUUCGGAGCUUCAUGGGAGGUAAGAUUCGAGCCUUUGCUGGUAUUAAUGGUCGCUUCUUGUCUUGCUGGUCACUACUCUUUGAUUCGUCACGAUAUGCAUGUGAUCCUGGAUACUGUGGCACCUUACAUGUUCCUGCCAUUUUUCGUAAUGACUGGAGCAGCCCUCAAAUUGGACAUGGUAAUGAAUACACUUCCUCUCAUGAGCUUGUAUGUUUGUCUACGCUUCGUUACGGUCUUUAUUGCCUGUUACUUGGGUGGGCGCUUUUUGCUCAAGCUUACACCAAGGCAGUACAAUAAUCUUUGGCUUACGCUGACCCCCCAAGCUGGUGUUGCACUAGGUCUGGCUGAUGAGAUGAGGAAAUUAAGCUCAGAUCCGUGGGCUGAAGAAUUUGCAGUAACAAUUGUAGCGGCUGUGGUGGUGAAUCAAAUCAUUGGUCCCGUAUUGUGUGCUUUUGGACUUCGUCGUGCAGGCGAGAGUAUGUACGAACGAAGGGCUGAGACUCAGCCAGUUGAAGGCAGUGUGUAUGGUUCGGAUAACGAUGGGAGCGUCAACGGUGGGACAGCUCUGCAAAGUCGUCCCCCGAGCAAUGUUACGCAAGACCCACGUACUUUGCUUCCAUUCCACGAGGUUAAAAGUGCUGUGAUCAUUGGAGAGGAUGAGGUGGCAUUUGAAAUUGCACUAGAGUUGUCUUUGUACGGAGCUCAAGUAAACGUGCCUCUGUUAGACAAGGAACAGGCCGACAGGUGGCAAACUAUCAGUGAAACGAUUUUGCAACGGUCAGCGAAGGGUGAAUUGAUCCAGUACAAGAACAAAGUGAAAGAACCCGAGCGCGAAGAGCACAUGGAAGAAAUGUCAUCGGCUGAUGUGUUAAUUUUUACUGGUGAGGGGAUGCGUACACUAGAGUAUGUCCGAGCUAUGAGAGCAAAGCUAGGCGAGAAAUAUCUACGCAUGAUUGCAGUCGUCCCAAACUGCAUGUGCAGCAAAGAGCUGAAAGAGUUGGGGGUACUGGUAAUUCAGCCUGCCAUUGCUUUGGCAAACAUUGCGACUCGGAUGGCACUCUUGAACCAGAAACUUGCUGAAUCACUUUCACACGAGAUAAGCACGACGAGUGACUUUGUGACUGCUGCCUGCUUAUCGGACAAGCGUCGCGAAGGUCGUCGUUUGGCACUUGGCAGGAGUGUUGUGAAACACCAUUCGACAAACUACGACAGACUUGCCGAAAUUCUGGCAGCUGAGAGCCUCCCUGUGCCACCGCCGCCAUCGCGUGUGUCGAUGUUUGGUACGUCUUCCGCUGGAUUCGAUCCAUUUUCUAGGCGUGACAAUGACAUGUCGGCGUACGAGCAUUUCGUUAUUCAAAAUGAACCCACUGUCAAUGACCCGACAGUUUUUAAUGAACACUUCGUUCAGCGCUCGGCAGGUCCAAUUGCACCACGCAUGGGUAUCUCUCCAUCACCACAAGGAGGCAACCCAUACGCUUUUGUGCGAUCACGAUCCUCUGGACGUCGCUAUUGGGGCAACUCGGGUAGAGGAAACGUUCGGCGCCGGACCCACUCGGACGUGUAA